AUGGCCGCAGCAGUGCUGUGGCUCGCAGUCGCCGCUAGCUGGCCCCUGCUCGCCCGCGACAACGCACACCAGUCGCGCGGCUCGGCCCCGUCUCUCUCGCGCCUCGUCCCCACCGCGCUCCUCGUGCUCGCCGCCCUCGUCAGCUGGACCCGCAUGCGCUCCCGUGUCGGCACCGUCUGGGAACCCCUCGCCAUCGCCUCCACCGCCGCCGCGCACCACCUCGUGCGGCGACGGCACGACGCCCGCUGCCGCUCGAUGCGCCGCGCUCCUCGUCCGCCGCAAGAUGGGUCCGCCGUCGUGUACCGCUACAAGAUUGCGCCCGUCGAGUGCGACGAGCACGGUCGCAUGUACGGCGGGGAGCUCCUCAAGCUCAUCGACGUCUCGGCGGGUCUGGUCGCCGCCAAGCAUGCAGCAGGGCCGUGCCUCACCAUCAGCGCCGACCGCGUCAUCUUCCUCGAGGAGGUCCGUGUCGGCGACGUGAUCUCGAUCAGCUCGUCGGUCAACCGGGCAUGGGGCAGCUCGAUGGAGAUUGGCGUGCGCGUCAUGCGUCAGUCGCGCUCCGACCCGCUCAAGAGCGAGACGUACACCUGCCACGCCUACCUCACCUUUGUCGCCAAACCGACCCAGCCUCCCUCGCCGCACCCGAUCCUCGUCGUCAGCGACCUCGUCGGCCUCACCUGUCCGCCACCACCUCGUCGCGCCCAGCUCCCCGAGGUCAAGCCGCAGACGCUUCUCGAGCAGAAGCGCUACCUCCUCGCCGGCCGUCGUCGCGCGCACCGCAUCCAGCGCUCGAAAGCCGACGCGGCGCUGCACACGUCGUUCCGCGACGAGGUCCUGCGCCUCGAGCGCGCCGUCCUCGGCGCCGACGAGGCGCGCGCCCUCGAGUCGCACAACCGCGAGGACCUGCUCGCGAGCCUCCAGGUCGAGGUCGUCACCGAGGCCUUCAUGCGCGGCGACCCGGACGUCCGAGUCGAGGGCGACGACGUCGUCGGCGAGAUCGAGGGCUUUGUCGAGCCCGUGCGCGUCAAGCGGUCCGUCGUCGAUGCGGCUGUGCGCAAGAAGGGUCACGGCGGGUGGCGCGCGAUCCCGCUCGUCGCCGACGACGCCGCCGACCAGGCCAAGGGGCACUCGCUCGCGGCGCUCGCCGACCCGGACCAGCGUCGGGCGCUCGACGUCGCGUCGCAUGUCGACUUUGCCGACACGCUCAGCAUGUGCCUGUGGAUCGUGCGCCCGCAACACGCCAACUCGAAGCAGAUCCUGUUCGGCGGCACCCUCAUGCGGUGGACCGAGGAGGUGUCGACCAUCGCCGCCCGGCGCAUCUUCCCCUCGGCGAGCUGGUCGAGCGCGGCCAUCGACUCGCUCACGUUCAAGACGGCUGUCGAGCUCGGCGAGGUUGUCUACGUGCGUGCGGCCGUGCUCAAGGUGUACGACUCGAGCGUCGAGGUCGCCGCCAUCGUCACGUGCGAGGACCGCAACUCGGCAGAGCCCAAGGUCCGCCAGGUGUCCGAGUCGUUCCUCACCCUCGUCGCUAUCGAUCCCGCCACCGGUCGCCCGCUCAAGGGCGUCCUCCGCCAAGUGCAGCUUCCCGACGGGCCGGUGAGCGACAUGGCGGCGCUCGCCGAGCAGAGAAGGCGGGACCGAUUGCUCGACAAGCGGGUGCUGCAGAGGGUGUAUGCCUGAAGCGUGUUUGCAGAGCAGAAGUACCGGCAAUGACAUGCAGUUUAUCCAUC